AUGGUUUGCAUCACUUCUCCUAAAUUCUCAUUAUCUCUCAAUGGAACUUUGCAUGGAUUCUUCAAAGGUGCUAGAGGGAUGAGGCAGGGGGAUCCACUUUCCCCUUAUGUAUUUGUCAUAGGCAUGGAGUAUUUGUCAAGAAAGUUGAAUACACUAAAGGAUGACAGAUUAUUCAGGUAUCACCCUAAGUGCUCAAAGCUGAAAAUUACUCAUCUAUUUUUUACGGAUGAUUUGCUAUUAUUUGGAAGAGCUGAUAUGAAUUCAAUAAUUAGACUCUACAACUAUCUCAAUGAGUUUAGCAAGGUCUCAGGCUUGGAAACUAACCCUAGUAAGUGCUCAAUAUUCUUGAGUGGCAUUGAUGACAAUCAAAAAAUGCAAAUUUGUUCUUAUUUGAAUUUUACAGAAGGAAUCCUUCCAGUGAGGUACUUGGGAAUGCCCAUGAUUUCCAAAAGACUUUCAUGGUUGGACUGCUCCCCUUUGAUUAGUAAAAUUUCAGAUCAGUUACAGCAUUGGCAAAAAAAGAAAGCUCUUUCUUAUGCGGGGAGGUUGCAAUUGAUUAAGUCUGUCAUCCUAGGUGUUCAUCUUUUUUGGACCAAUAACUACAUUUUGUCAUGUAAGGUGCUAAAGAGAAUUGAUAAAAUGUGCUCUGAUUUUCUCUGGGGUCAUAAAAUUCCAUUAGUUUCCUGGGUUUCAAUCUGUCAGGAUAAAGAGUAUGGGGGUUUAGGAGUAUUUUCAGCAAAAGAUUGGAAUUAUGCUGCUGCCAUUAAAUUACUGUGGAUGAUUCAUCUCAAGAAGGGUCUACUUUGGAUAAAAUGGGUGCAUGAAAAUUAUUUGAAACGUUUUGAUAUUUGGAAUGUUCGUAUGAAAGCUAGUGAUUCAUGGAUAUGGAAACAACUCUUGAAAGUUAGAGAUUUGAUGAUAAGAAGAUAUGGAAGUAUCAGCAAUCUAAUAAACAUCAUUGAAAGUUGUUGCAAGAGUGAAAAUGUCCAAAUUUCCUUUGUAUACCGGAAUCUGGUACAACCUGCACAAAAAGUUAGCUGGAAUGGCACAGUUUGGGGUGGUUUUCAUUAUCCCAAACACUCGUUUAUACUUUGGUUAGCUAUCCAAUCAAGAUUGCUAACUAAGGAAAGACUGUGUCGCAUGAGAAUUUUAGACGCUAAUCAGAAUCAAUGUGUCUUAUGCUCAAACCACAUUGAAACAGUUUGUCACCUGUUUUUUGAUUGCUACUAUACUGCUGCUGUGUGGAAUUUGGUGAUGGACUGGUUAAAUUUCAGUUGGAGGUCAUGUUCCUGGGGUGAAAUCAUUCACUGGUAUAGCUACAGUUUAAAGAGGAAGGGACUCACUGAAAGUUUGAAGAAAAUGGCCCUUUCAUCCUCAGUGUAUCAUCUAUGGCAGGAGAGAAAUUUGAGAAUUUUUCAGUUCAAAACUCAUCAACCUGGUAUUCUGUUCCGUGCUAUAAAGCUAUCAAUGCUUUCAAAAAUCUUGAAUGAGAAGCUUCCUGUACAUAUUAGGUAG